CCUUCAGCAGAAGGUGCUGGACACCCACAAGGACCUGCUCACCCGCCUCAAGCACCUGCGCAUCCUCAUCGAGAAUGCAGAAUCAAUUGAUCUCAAACAGUUAUUCGACCUCCAUUUCUCACAUAUAUAUUAUGUGUUCUUUGAAAACUUUGUGACUAUCGAAGUAGGUCUUAAACAAAAAGGUCACAAGUCUCAGAGAGAAUAAUUAGAUUCUAUUCUUUUUAUUUUUGAGAAAAUUUUGCAACUCCUUCCAGAAAGGAUUCAUCAGAGAUGGCAAUUUCAUAGUAUUGGGCUGAUUUUAAAGAAGCUUCUUCACACUGGAAAUUCAUUAAAGAUACGGCGAGAGGGCGUGCAUCUCUUUCUUUUGUGGCUGCAAGCACUUCAAAAUAACUGUAGUAAAGAACAGUUAUGGAUGUUUUCUUGCUUGAUUCCUGGAUUUUCAUCACCACAGUCUGAAUAUGCCCGAACACUAGAUAACCUCAUUAACCCUCCACUUAAUGUUCAAGAAACUCAAGUGACUAUAGAGGAACUCACUCCACUUGUUCCUCCACAAUCAGGAGAUAAAGGACAAGAAGAUUUAACAAGAUAUUUCUUAGAAGCACUUUUGAAAUACAUAGUAAUUCAGGUUAAGAGUUUAGAAUGGAAGAACAAAGAAAACCAGGAAAAAGGAUUUUCAUUUUUAUUCUCAAAUUUUAAGAAAUACUACUUACCUUCUAUUUUCCCAAACAUCUGUAAGGAGACCAGCUUAUACAGCCCUAUACUUGAUAUACCACAAAUGAGACCAAAGCCACACUAUGUAAUGGUUAAGAAAGAUGCUGAAACCAAUGAGGCAAUAUAUUGCACAAAGGAACCUUUUAUUAAAGCUCGUGUUAUUGUCAUUCGAUGGUUGAUGUCUUUCUGGUUUGAGCCAAAACCUCAUACAGGACCUCAUAUUCCUGGGAUGGAAGGUGAAAAUGUGCCAAAGAAUAUUCAGAGAGCAGCUGCUAACAUGGCUUCAAGGGAGGACAGCAAAAAUGACAGCACUGAUAAGCAGGAUAGAAAUGCAGAGACAGAACAAUCUCACUCUAAUACAAGUACUCUAACAGAGAGAGAACCAAGUUCUUCCAGCCUCUGCAGUAUUGAUGAAGAGCAUUUAACUGAUAUUGAAAUUGUCCAGAAAGUCUCUUCAAAAAGAAGCAACAUUAAUUUUCUAACUGAGAUUUUUCGACAGGCAUUUCUGUUGCCAAUAUGUGAAGCAGCUGCCAUGAGGAAAGUGGUAAAAGUAUAUCAGGAAUGGAUUCAGCAAGAGGACAAGCCUUUAUUUAUGAAAGAACCUGAAGAAAUAUUGCAGUGCACAAUGGUAGAUUGUGAUGAAAAUGUUGUUGACCACAAUUCAUCAGAGAAAGCAAAAAAAAGAGAAGAGGAAAAAGGGAUGAACUCCAGUCAUGUCAGAAAUUCAAACUGGGCAAGAAGUGGCUGUUACGAAGACACUUUGCAUAAUAUGUCCAAAAUGGAUGUUGAAGAGCAAAAUAUACGAGCUGGAGUACAGUCAGUAUUGCAUGUUUUUAUAAUAAAUUCUUCAAAUAUAUUCUUUCUUGAACCUGCAAAUGAAAUUAAAGCUCUGCUGGAUGAACACACGGAUAUGUGUAAACGCAUUCUUAACACCUACCGUCACAUGGUAGUCCAAGUAACUAGGCAGUCCUGGCAGCCUGGAAGUUCCUAA